AUGCCGAGCAGCAAGGGAACCCCCACAGACCCAGACCUUCGAGAGCAGCUUAAAGAGGAGAUCAAGCAAGAGCCGAACAAGUCGGGCGAUGGCAAAGGCCAAUGGUCGGCGUGGAAGGGCAUGAAACUGGCUAAGGAGUAUGAGAAGCAGGGGGGUGACUACGAGGACCAGCCGGGCUCAAAGAACAAGGCAAAGAAGGGUGCGCCAGAAGCAAAGUGA